AUGAAAUCAUCCAGAUCGAAGUCGGCCUCGCCUCAAGACGGGGGCGGGCCGCUGCGACGCUUGCUCCCGGCGAGCAGGAAUAUCGAAGAAGCAGGAGGGUUCCAAGGGCCGCCGACACCACGUCGCUCACCAAUGUCAGGCCCAGGACCGGGUCCCAGUUCUUCGUCUGCCGUAGUGCCUGCCCGGCGGAAAAGGGCCCAGGCGACCACAGCGGCCUGCGGUGCGUGCAGGAAGCGCAAGUCCAAGUGCGAUGGCGGGCGUCCCAUGUGCUCCAUCUGUCGAGAUCGCGGCACCGCCUGCAAGUUCGAAACCAAUGCCGCGGAGACACACACGCAGGCACUCAAGCGCAAAUUCAACGAGUUGCAGAGCCAGAAGUCGGCGUUCGAGCAGGUCUACGAGGUCCUACAGACGCGGUCCGAGGAGGAAGCCGGGUCGGUGUUCCGCAGGAUUCGCCGGGGCAGCGACGCCGGUUCCAUCCUCCGCCAUGUCAGCUACGGCGACGUGCUCGUCCAGCUCGCUCUCGUCCCGGAAUCCCGGUACCGCUUCGACUUCCCGUAUCUCCCGGACAUGCCUCCUUUUCUACGAAACCUGGACAACCCGUACCUGGACUCGGAAGUGUACGACUACUCCCUCCGCCAGCUCACGAACGAGCCUCACCAGCCGGUGGGCUCACCGCCAACCCCCGAGAAAGAGCAGUCACCGGUCUCUGACGCGGAUUCCGUCUACGGGGCUGGACCGCGGGAUCCGUACUCGAAACCGUACCAGUUCGCAACGGUUGUCCACCCGUGGUUGGACUCGGUGAAGCCGUCGAAAUGGACCAAUGUUUGCGACGACGAUGUACUAAUGCGGAAGCUGAUCCACGACUAUCUCCUCUUCGAGUACGACUGGUUCCCCUUCUUCCACAAGGACUUCUUUCUUGAGGACAUGGGAACCAACAACAUGCGCUUCUGCUCGCCGCUUCUGGUCAACAGCAUACUAGGCUUUGGAUGCCUCUGUCACCGUGGUCUCCGAGGCCGCACGGAAUCGUGGAAUCCAAAGAGCCUCGGGUACCAGUUCCUCGCCGAGGCCAAACGGUUAUUCGAAACCGAGUCGGAAAUCCCGAGGCCGUUUCGCAACCCGGCGGACCCGAAUUGGGAGACGCGAGACAAGGAGUGGGAGCAGAGCAGGCUGACCACGCUCCAAUCCGGGCUCAUCCUGACGAUUAUCUACGACCUCAAUGGCUCGGACAAGAUCGGCUGGCGCUACACGAAGAAGGCCUUGGAACUGGCCGAAGAAAUCAACUUGCUCGGGCCGCCGCUGGAUCACCACGACGCCGACACGCGCUGUGUCAGGACGUACACUGCAUGGCACUUGUUUUACUGGCAAAAUAUUAGCAGCUAUCUUUACUUACAGGCCCCGCCUAUCCAAAAACCCCCGCAGACACCACUCCCCGAUCCUCAAGAACAGCCACAAUGGUACGGCGAGCUAUGGGUGCGAUACCCCAUGAGCGAUGCCCGUUUCCCGACCUACCACGGGCUCCUCUUCAAGGCCAUCGCCGAUCUAUGGGUCAUCGUCAACGAGAUUCUAGUGGCUACCUUCUCCCGUCCCCACGCGUACGCCAAGUUGCCGGAGACCCAGAUUCUGGACUUCCUGGCCCGGCUUCGAGCGUGGUUUCACAACCUCCCUGAGCCCCUGACCCCGAGGAAGAUUGUGAUGCCCCAUCAACUCAAGCUGCACAUGCAUUACAACCAGAUGCUUGCCGACCUCGUAACUCCGAUCCUCGAUUACACCGGACCGCCGGGAAUGCCCCCGAUGACCUACACGCCGCAAGACGUCUACCACGAGGCGAUCAACCACCUCGAGACGCUCCUGCGGCUCUACUACCUCCGCCACGGCUACGACGCCCACGACAGCCUCCUCCUCCACUUCCUCGGCUUCCUCAACCACAUCACCAUGCACGCCGUCGAGACCAGCCAAGGCUCGUCCUUCCUCGCGGCCCGGCGCUCGACCCUCCUCCUCAUGAUCAAGGGCAUCCACGACCAGAGCCGCAGCUCGUACGUGGCGCGCACCGUGCUGCGCCUGCAGAUCGGCCAGAUGCGGCCCGAGGACGUCGAGCUGCUGCGCCAGUUUGUCGAGCUCGACCCGGACCAGGUCGUCUACGGGCCGCUCGAGCAGACCAUGCUGACCGACUGGCCGACUUACAUGGUCGGGCUCGAGAACAAGGCUGACCAGCUGCGCCAGGGCAAGACGCUGGCUACCACGCUCGAGACUACCAUGGCCUCGCUGUCGUUGGCGUCGUCUGCUGAGCCGAGCGUGGCGUCGCCUAUCUCUACGAGGUCUUCUGCUGGGUGA